CGCGGUCCCGCCCCUCCCGUCCGGCUGCCGCCGCCGCCGCUGCCGUCGCCGCCGCCGCCUGGGGCUUGGUUGAGGCGGACGGUGGGUCCUGGCCCUAGUGUGGCGCCGCCGCCGCUACGCGAAGGGGCAAGCGGGCAGUCAGAAGAUGGGUAAGAAGAGUCGAGUGAAAACACAAAAAUCAGGCACUGGUGCUACAGCAAGCGUGUCACCGAAGGAAACCUUGAACCUGACCAGUGAGCUGCUGCAGAAGUGCAGUAGUCCUGCCCCGGGCCCGGGGAAAGAAUGGGAAGAGUACGUGCAGAUCCGGUCUCUAGUUGAAAAAAUACGAAAAAAACAAAAAGGUCUGUCUGUUACUUUUGAUGGAAAAAGAGAAGAUUACUUUCCUGAUCUAAUGAAAUGGGCCUCUGAAAAUGGAGCCUCUGUCGAGGGUUUUGAAAUGGUUAACUUCAAAGAAGAGGGCUUUGGAUUGAGAGCAACAAGAGAUAUCAAGGCAGAAGAAUUAUUUUUAUGGGUUCCACGAAAAUUACUAAUGACUGUUGAAUCUGCUAAAAAUUCAGUGUUGGGGCCCUUGUAUUCUCAAGACCGGAUUCUUCAAGCCAUGGGCAACAUCACACUGGCCUUUCAUCUGCUGUGCGAGCGAGCCGACCCUAACUCCUUCUGGCAGCCCUACAUUCAGACCCUCCCCAGCGAAUACGACACCCCGCUCUACUUCGAGGAGGACGAGGUCCGCUGCCUUCAGUCCACGCAGGCCAUCCACGACGUGCUCAGCCAGUACAAGAACACGGCUCGGCAGUACGCCUACUUCUACAAGGUCAUCCAGACCCAUCCUCAUGCUCACAAACUGCCCUUGAAGGAUUCUUUCACUUAUGAGGACUACAGGUGGGCAGUCUCUUCUGUUAUGACGCGACAAAACCAAAUUCCCACGGAGGACGGUUCCCGGGUGACCCUGGCACUGAUUCCUCUGUGGGACAUGUGCAAUCACACCAACGGCCUGAUCACUACCGGCUACAACCUGGAAGACGACCGCUGUGAGUGUGUGGCCCUGCAGGACUUCCGGGCUGGAGAGCAGAUUUACAUUUUUUAUGGCACUCGGUCAAAUGCAGAGUUUGUGAUCCAUAGUGGCUUUUUCUUUGACAAUAAUUCACACGACAGAGUGAAAAUAAAGCUUGGAGUGAGUAAAAGUGACAGGCUCUACGCUAUGAAGGCCGAGGUCCUGGCUCGCGCUGGCAUCCCAACUUCCAGCGUUUUCGCGUUGCAUUUCACGGAGCCACCCAUCUCUGCCCAGCUUCUGGCUUUUCUCCGAGUUUUCUGCAUGACUGAAGAAGAACUGAAGGAACAUUUGCUAGGAGACAAUGCCAUCGAUAGAGUCUUCACCUUGGGGAACUCUGAGUAUCCUGUUAGCUGGGACAACGAGGUCAGACUGUGGACAUUUCUUGAAGACCGAGCCUCACUUCUUUUGAAAACAUAUAAAACGACCAUUGAGGAAGAUAAGUCCUUCUUGAAAACCCAGGACCUUUCUGUCCGGGCAGCCAUGGCCGUCAAGCUGCGCUUAGGUGAGAAGGAGAUCUUGGAGAGAGCCGUCAGGAGCGCGGCUGCCAACCGGGAGCACUACCGCCGGCAGAUGGAGGAGCAGGCCCCGCUGCCGCGGUGCGAGGAGAGCAGCCCCGGGCUGCUGGAGGGCGUGGCGGACUCGCGGCUGCCCCUGGUCCUGAGGAGCCUGGAGGAGGAGGCCAGUGUGCAGGAGGCCUUGACCCUCACGGAGGCCGUGCGCAGGGCCAAGGCCGCGGAGCACGGGCUCGUGAACGGAGAAAACUCUAUCCCCAACGGGACCAGGUCAGAAAAGGAAAGUUUAAAUCAAGAGGAAAGUAAAAGAGCGACUGGAGACGCCAAAGAACCUUCUUCCAACAGCGCUGAGGAAGCUAGAAAGUAGCUCCGAGGUCCUCCGGGGAUUCAGUUUAGCAGAAGCUGAGGAACAGUCCGUUGUCAUCGCUGUGUUCCCUUGUUCACAUUUUUCUUUCUGCAGAGAGGAGAAUAUGUUUUUGCUGCUUUAUAUAAAAAAUGAUUUUUUUAAGUUAUUUAAAAGAAUCUAGCUUCCCUUUUUGAUUAAGAUUGCCAUCUUGCUUCUAGGCCAAACGAGUUAGCAGGCAGCCCACGAAGGGGGAAGAGGUGCCUUGGAAGAUCUUGCAGACCCACUGCGGGCAAAUGUAUUUUCUUCCUGGGGAAGAAUUCAGUUCUUCCAUCAGCUGGGCUUCUGUGGGCCUGUCAUCCUGACAACCAGAAUCAAAGCCUGCCCUGCCUCCCACCAACGGGUGGUCAUGGUGGCGCUCGGGGUGUUCGGCACGGCGAUGGGGCCCUUGGCUGCACAGUGGAAAACAGGCUUGAGGUUAGGAGACUUGAGAGUCUGGGCAAAAAAAAAGAAUUUUUUUUCCUAAAAAAGUAACACCCCAGUACCAAAAGAAAAUGUAAGGUGGCAACCUUAUUUUUAAUAGUUUUAAAUGUUGACGAUAACCCUAAUUAUAUAAACACAGACACACACACACACCCCUAGUGAUUUCUAAAGAUUUGUUUACUUUUUGCGUUUUGUUUUACUGUAUUAAGAACUUGUCCUUCCUCCUUGAAUCAAAAUAGGACAUGCAUCCUCCUCCUAAUUUUAAAUGUCGGCUCUGGUUGUAAACCGGUGUGUCUGUUCCCGGCCUUGGCGGUGGGGAGCUCUCAUGUGCACCGCGUUGGUGUCCAAGGCGAGGUGGUGCCUGGCUUCUCUGGUUGUCACAACAGGCUAGAGAUUUUCAAAACUACACUUUUGAGUAAAAAGCCUUAUUAAAAGGAAAACAUGAUUAA